AUGGCGUCACGGCGCCUUAGGGCCCAGCGGCGGGCGGUUUCCAUGGCGUCCGCGGCGUCCCUAGACUUGGGGCGGCUGGUGCAGGAGGCCGAGGCGCUGGCGAGCGCGGUGCGGGGCGCGCUCGGGCCGCGCGGGGGGCAGGUGCUCAUGACCCGCCCUACGGGAGAGACGCUGCUUACGCGGGACGGGAGGCGAGUGCUGGAGGCGCUGAACCUAGGCUCGCCUACGGCCAGAAUGAUGGUAGCUUGUGUCUCCAGUCACCACAACAUGACUGGAGAUGGUGCUAAAACAUUUAUCAUCCUAUUGUCCAAAUUACUCAGAGGACUUCAAGCAAUUCUUGAUAAAAGAGAAGGAUCUCCAUUUUGUGAGGAUAUUCAAAGGAGAGAAAGAGAUCAAAAACAUUGUCACAGUCUGAAGCAAAUAUCUCAGUCUCUUAUGACAUUUCAGACUCACAUAUUGGACCACAUCAUGGCACAAGACCUAAGAAAACAUUUUCUAUCUGCUUUUUCUAGUUGGGAAGGAGAGAUAAGUAGACACACAAUGGAGUCAAUAUUAGAAGCUUACUUUUGUGGAAGAAUAGGAAAUAGUCAUCAGAAGCUUCUUUCCCAAUUGAGUUGUGAUUUCUAUUACAGGUGUAUACCUUUCAAAAAUGGUAAAAAUGAAAUGCUGGAUUUGGUGAAUGAAUAUUUUCUAGAAUUGCAUUCUGCUGUAACAGGUCUUCCUGUUUCAAAUUCCAGGAUCUUAGAGGGACUUGUUCUUCACAGAGAUUUUGCUGUGUACUGUCCAGCAGAUGGUGACAUAAGAAUGUUAAUUGUAACGGAAUCGAUUGACUCUGCUCUUUCUGCCUCUGGUUUAGAAUUUGUUGUAAAUGCAGAAGUUCAGUAUCAGGCUUCCCAAGUCUGGAUUACAAAAAGAACAGAAGCUAUAAUGAAACACUUGCAGAACAACAAUAUAAAAGUAUUAUUAUCAAGUGUGAAACAACAGGAAAUAGUUAUUUACUAUGCAAAAAUAAGUGGUAUAUCUAUUGUAGAGUGUUUAUCAUCAGAAGAAAUCUCUCUUCUCUGCAAGACCACAGGUAUCUCACCUUUUAUACCUACUCAGGACAAUAUACAUAGUGCGAUCGCUGAAACCAUGAUAGCAAAAUUUUGUCGGCCUUUUGUACUUGGCUCCAAGAGAUAUGUUCAUCUUGGUUUGACAAGGACAUGUGCCUUUGAGCCUCAUUGUGUAAUAUUUUGUGGCCCAGUGCAUGGUGUCACUGAGCAGCAUGCCUCUGCUUUUCACGGAGCAUUUAAAAUGUUACAGCAACUAUUUAAAGCAGUUGAUCUGAGUGAUGGAUGUGAAGCACAACCUGAAAACCCAAAUAAUACUUCAAAAGCUGUACAUUGUAGUUGGCAACAGUCAGCUACUCAACAAAAAUUCAUAAUGGAGAAUAUUUCUUGUAAUAGGGAAAAGGUCAAUGACCAACAACUGAAAACAUCUAUGGCUGAAACAGAAAAACAGUUUAUAGACUCUUCUAGAUGGGUAGAUGAAAAUCCAUCAUGUAAUCAAACAGACUUGCAAAAAUCCUCAGACCUAGCCAUGCCCAUUGUAGAAUUAGAGAGUGAUUUUAUGUUUUCAGCUCUAAUUGACAGAGGUAGUUCUGUAAGGGAGCUACAGAAACUGCCACUAAAAUGCAAGCAUCCAAGUGAAAUGUGGGUAAAGAAUAAGAGUGAGCCAGUUGUCAACAACCACAGGAUUUGUAAUGAUGCUAUGACAGCAAUAGAAAACACCAGUACAUCAGUUGUUUCCAAACAGCUGAAUGCUGCUAAGGAGUAUUGGAAACCAGGCAAUCAUAUAGUUCCAUUUAAGUAUGAGAAGAGUUAUAAACACACAGUCCAAAGUUACACCAACUUGGUCAUACAGGCAGGAUCAGUUUUGUCAGUUGGAGGUAACUUUGAGAUCCUGUUACAUUAUUAUCUCCAUUCCUAUGCAAAACAAUGCCAACAACCAAAAAUAACUGUUAUUUCUACUGUAAUUGCUGAUGCAUUGUUAAGCAUUCCAAAAAUCCUUUACAGGACAACAAAAGAGAACAGUUUUACUCAGGUCUAUUUCAAAGCCACUAGUGCACUUCAAACUAAUCAGCAGCUGCCCAUGCAUCAACAAGGUCUAGAAUCAGUGUAUUGUAAAUAUCAGUUAGUAGCUUCUGUUCUUCAUUGUCUUACAAAGCUUCUCACUAUUGAUUUAAUAAUUGGUAUUAAGAGACCACCUCAAAAGACUGAUGAUUCAGAAGAAGAUUUAUGAAAACAACGUUUUUGUUUUUCCUAUGUUGUUACCGGAAGAUUUUGAUUCAAUUAUACUAAGCCAAUGAUGUUACUUUAGAAACACUGCUUUUAAUUUAAAACCUUUAUUUCCAAUUUAUCCAUUUCGGUAUUAAAGCUUGUGGCCCGCCCUAAGGGAUUUUCCCAGGAAAGUCACAGCUAGCCAACUUUCCUUUGAAGGACACCGAUACAGCCCUUCGCUCAAGAAUAGGCAACAAGCAAUAAAUUAUUCGAAAACAAAAAUAUUUAUUUAGAAGUGAAUGGUUACAGUAAAAGAGUAGAGAUAGAAGUAAUAGAGUUACAGUAUAAACAUGAAGCGGCAUCGCAAAUAGACACCGCCUUACAAUUACUGUUUCAAUUAACUAUCACAUAUAACAAUAUGAUCAUUCACUUUAUACCUUAUAACAAUAUUUAUUACGUAUACAAAUUAGGGCUGUCAAGCGAUUAAACAAAUUAAUUGCACAAUUAAACAAUAAUAGAAUACCGUUUAUUUAAAUAUUUUUGGAUGUUUUCUACAUUUUCAAAUAUAUUGAUUUUAAUUAGAACACAGAAUACAAAGUGUACAGUGCUCAUUUUGUAUUUAUUUUUUUUAUUACAACCUAAUACUGUAGUGCAAUGUCUUUAUAAUGAAAGUUGAAUUUACAGAUUAGCAUAUGCUAAUUAGUCACUUGUACAGAAAGCUCCUCCUCUGUCCCAUAGACUUCUACGGACUCAAUGCAUCCUUAUGGGGUUUUUCAGCUGACCUUUGGAUGAGCACUAGCUAUUUCCUGCCUGGACAUCCCAUUGGUUUCUAUGGGCUACAGUGUAUUCUUAUGGGGUUUUGCUGAGUCAUUCCCCACAAGAAGUGAUGCAAUACUUUGCCUUGAUUGCAUCAUCCCUAUUCAUUUCUGUGGGCUUCCAUGCAUUCCUAUGGGAUUUCCCACUACAUUACCUAAUCCUAUACUAUAGCCGCCAUCACUAUAUUUUCUAAUUUAAACUAUUCUUAAUUUUUAUUUAAUUAAAGCUUUAUUCUUAAAACUAAUUACUAUUCUAAGCAUCCCAAAGGGUCCUGACACUACCACUACUGAUUUUAUAUUCAGUUAAGCAAUUUAAAAUUUUGGCAAAUUUAAACCCUUUUCGAGGUUUUUCUGCGGAUUUCCAAUUUAGGGCUUGGUAAGGCAUUUCGGGCAACUGAAGCAAAAAUCUUUUGUCACAAUGUGUUCUGGUCAAGUCUGGAUGCCCAAAGCUCAGUGCAAGGACAAAUACUUCUUCCCGUAACAAAGAGGGAAGAAAAAGCAGAUCAUUGCAGGUUUGGAUGGCUGUUGAACUCAGCAAAGCAAUUUCUGUUAAUUUAUCAGGCAGGUUUCAAACACAAGCAAAUGUAAUAGUAUGCAUUUAGUGUUAAAUUGAUUCUGGCCCUUUGCACCAUAUUGUGGAUGGUUUUAAGAUUCACCAUUAGGCAGACUUGCACACCUCAUUUUUCACAUUUCAAUAUUUAUGCAAACUAAAUGUGAAUUUUGGUUUCCCUGGCAAGUUACCUGUGGCAUGUGCCAUCAAAACUUUGCAAAGCUAAAGAGCUAGCUUUAACAAUUGUUUAAUAAGUCAAAAUGUCUCUGUAAUGUAUUGACCUUCAUAAGGAGUUGAAUUAAAUAUGAUUUUAAACACUA